AUGAGCAACUUCGGGCAGAUCCUGAAGGAGGUCGGGGAGUUUGGUUGGUUUCAAAAACAGUUACUGGUUGCAUUAUGCAUCCCCAGCAUGUUUGCUGCUUUUGACGUGAUUAGCCAGGUGUUUAUAGGCAUGAGCUUUCCACAUCACUGCAACACUGACUGGAUCUUGGAGCGUGGGCCCAAUCUGACAGCUGAUGAUCAAAGAAAUCUCACCCUCCCGGUGAACAAGGAUGGGAAGUAUGAAAGUUGUAAAAUGUUCAGACCUGUGGAUUUGGAUUUGGAAACCAUUGAAGCAUAUGGGCUUAACGAUACAAGUGGAUGCGUAGCUGGAUGGGACUAUGAGGUACCCAGAGGAGGUUCCAGCAUUUUGACAGAGUUUGAUCUGGUUUGUGACAAGAGUGGCUUCACUGAGGCAUCACAGUCCAUCUACAUGGCAGGUUUUCUGGUUGGAGCGCUGGUGUUCGGGGCAAUUUCUGACAGGUUUGGGCGACGCUUUGCAGUCCUGCUCUCCCUCUUCCUCCUGCUAUUGUUUGGUGUGGGUGCCACUUUCUCACCAAACAUCUAUGUUUACAUGGUCUUAAAAUUUCUCUGUGGGGGUUCAGGAGGAGUCAUUAUGAUGAACACAUCUGUGAUGGCGGUGGAGUGGACUGAUUCCUCCAAGUCUGCUUUUUGUACAAUGGUGAUCCUGCUUUUCGUCCCUGUUGGACUGAUGGUGUUGCCUGGGGUUGCCUAUUUGAUCCCCAACUGGAGGAUUCUGCAGCUGGUGCUCUUCAGCCCUCUUCUCCUCAUUGUGGGAGCUCUCUACUGGUUCCUCCCAGAAUCAGCUCGCUGGCUUCUGACCCAGGGCAGGAAGGAGGAGGCACAAACAGUACUUCGGAGGGCGGCCAGGGUGAAUGGAAGGGUGGUCACAGAUGAUCAGCUGGACAAGCUAGAGAUGGAGGUCACCUGCAGAAAAGUAAGCAUACUGGACGUCUUCCGGAUUUCGUAUUUGAGAAAACGUACGCUCAUAAUGGGAUUUAACUGGUUUUCAACAAGUCUUUUAUAUUAUGGACUGAGCCUGAAUGUUGGCAGUUUCGGCCUGAGCAUCUACCUCACGCAGUUCAUCUUUGGGGUGGUUGAAAUUCCUGCACAACUCAGCAGUUUGGCUUUUGUUCAGUUCUUUGGGAGGAGAAUAAGUCAAGCAGGCUUUCUGCUCUUUGGGGGUGCGGCUUGCCUCGUGGUCCUUGCCAUCCCAAAAGACCUUCCUGUGGUGGUCACAGUCAUAGCCGUACUGGGGAAAUAUUCUGCUGCAGCCUCUUUCAGCACAGCCUAUGUUUAUACUGCAGAGCUAUACCCUACCAUUUUAAGGCAGAACGGUGUAGGCUUCAACUCCAUGUGUGCUCGCGUGGCGGGCAUCCUCGCUCCACUGAUCAGGCUCCUGGUGGUCUACCACCACACCAUUCCCAUGCUGAUAUAUGGCAUCAUGCCCAUUGCUGCUGGCGGUCUCUGCUUAUUACUACCUGAAACCCGCAACAAUGAACUUCAAGAUCACACCGAACUCAAGUGA